AUGAAGAUUCUUAAUUUGGGUGAACUGCGGGCUGCUGAAGUCAUUUUACGAUCACAUUUACCUAAAUGUAUAAAGGUGUAUGGACUCCUGAAUGGCUUUAACAGAAACAAGCCAAGCACAUCAGAAGUAGUUGUUGACAGCUGGCCUGACUUCAAAGCUAUAAUUUGCCGACCAGACACAAAGAACAAACACGUGACUGAGUUUAUAAGAAAGGUAUCUUUCUUUGCCACGGAUGAUGAGAUCUUGAAAAGAAUGGUGACAGAAGGAAAUGCUAUUGACUGGAAUUCAUUUUUCCUUAUCAGCGGGUCGGAUAUUAAACAUGAGGCCAUGUUAAAAGAAGUGUCCUCAUUUCACGGUGUCAGUAUGAAAAAGUAUGUCUUGGCGCAUCUUAUGACAUUAUCAGACCCAAGUCUCCUGCCACAACUCAACAGUGACAUUGAGUCAAGGGUGUCCAUUCUGAACGGUUCCCACAUUGACCUUUUGAACAAAAACUGGAAGUUUGGUGGAGGCAGUCUGGGCUACAGGACCAUUAAACACCUCAUCACUCACUACCCAACGGGCUGCAUCACAGACGACCAAGGCCAACCUGUGUGCUGGAUACUCCUGUAUGACUACCAUGCCAUGGGUAUGUUGUACACUCUGCCAGAGCACAGAGGAAAGGGUCUGGCCAGAGCCCUGGUCAACAGCAUGUCCAGGAGGCUCUAUGCUGAGAGUUUCCCAGUAUACUGCUUCAUAGAAGAGGGGAACACAAUGUCCCACAGCCUCUUCACCAGUCUGGGCUUUACUGAGGACCCUCAAUACAGGGCUGCAUGGUACCAAAUCAAUUAUAAGUUAGCAGGUAAAUGGGCUUCUCGGGUGUAA